UUGACGCACACACUCAACUACGUGCGCCGUGCGGGAGGGCGCCACCGGCGACGACGCGCGCACCAAUGGCCGCCCGCCCCGCGCUUCCCGCGCUUCUACAGUACGCUGUGAGCCGCGUCAACGACCCCGCGCUCGCGCUUACAAUCUUAAUCUUAUAUACUUUUCAUUCGUUAACCAUAUUGUAACAGUCCUUAUUUACAUUAUACCAUAAUAUACAGUCCACCGUUAUUAUUUACUCCACCUACUGAGCCAUCGUCGCAACAUAUGGUCCUUCUCCCAUCAACGUUUGAACCGACGCCACGACGCGGACUCGACUUGAGAACAAAGAAAAAUUCAAAUUUGACCAACGAUUAUGCAAGUCAUCCAGCAGUGAACAUAUUUUCUGCGGUCUUCAUACAUCGUGUCGGCAUCGAAUUUUCAUCGUGUUCAUCGUGUAUACUUCAACAUCUUCGUUCGCAUUUGGUGCAUCGUGAUUAUUGGCACGGCGUCACUUACGCCAUCUUAGCCGUCUUCAAACCAACGAACGAAGAAUUUGGGACGACAUCAACUCAGCGGUUGCAAAUACACGUCUUCGGAUUGUCGUCGUGCAUCGAGAAACGUGAAGAAUCUCCUCGUCACAAUCAACAUUUGUGGUUUGCGGCAACAUAACCGUGAGAUCGUUCCAAUUAUUCCAUACAUUUUCCAUAAUCAUCAUCAUCGUAGUUAUCAUAUUUCCUUAGUUACAUCCAUUCAUUUCAUUCGUUUCAUCGCAUUAGUAUUUUGCAAGUCAUUCAAAUCAUUUUCUUCGGCCUCCAUUGAAUUUAGACUGUUACACACUGCAUGUCGCUUAGGCGCCUUGAAAAAUUUUCAUAGCAAAGCAUGCCCUUGCUUUUAGCUCAAUCAUACUUUUCGUAACAAAUUGCCUUUAAUUUUUUGCUAGGCGUUUUGCAAUUGUAUACGCCUUGUAAAAUUUUUAUAGCAAAUCGCAACUUUGCAUGUCGUGGCUUAAAAAUUUCAACAGGCUUUUAUAUUUCUUUUGUUUUGCCUUCACCCGUGUUUAGCUUACAGCUUAUUAAACUAAUUUAAAUCAAGCAUGACUGAUAUCAAAAGCCUUAUUAAGAAGCGAGCUUCGAUUAAAGCUAAGCUUACGCUAUUUUCCACUUAUUUAAACGUAGUCAAGUCUUGCGAAAAGUUAAGUGAGACUCAGCUCAUUGAAAUUGAGCAGCGACUGAAUGCAUUCGAGAGCUUAUAUGAAAAAUAUGACACGUUACAGAUUCACCUGGAAGAAGCAGUGGACGAACCCAGCGAGCAAUAUGCGGAACGCGAGACAUUCGAGAACCUGUACUACGCGUUGGUUGCUUCUGCACGCCAGCUAGUCGGCAGCGCUCGCAAGCAUCUUACGGGAGACUCCGCGUCCGAGGGCGCAUCACACGGGUGCUUCCUGGCAGAGAUGGCGUAGCCAGAGUCGCCGACAUCCACACGCGAAGGGGUGUCAUUCGGCGAGCCUUUAACACCAUCUGCCCUCUACCUGUCUCUGUUGAAGACUCUUCAACGGGGGGAGGAUGUUGACGCACACACUCAACUACGUGCGCCGUGCGGGAGGGCGCCACCGGCGACGACGCGCGCACCAAUGGCCGCCCGCCCCGCGCUUCCCGCGCUUCUACAGUACGCUGUGAGCCGCGUCAACGACCCCGCGCUCGCGCUUACAAUCUUAAUCUUAUAUACUUUUCGUUCGUUAACCAUAUUGUAACAGUUCUUAUUUUUACAUCAUUAUAACAUAUUAUACAGUCCACCGUUAUUAUUUACUCCACCUACUGAGCCAUCGUC